AUGACGAAGGAUACGAAAAUACCGACUUUGAAGGUGGAUUUGGGCGAGAUCAAAGAGGUCAAGAGCGAACUGGCUAAUGUGAAGAAGAGAAAGCGCAGAACAAAGAAGAUCAAUAAGUUGACUGAUGGACAAAUACGUAUAAAUCACGUAUCCUCAGAGAAGAAGAGAAGAGAGUUGGAGAGAGCAAUAUUUGACGAGCUAGUGGCCGUGGUACCGGACUUGCAACCGCAAGAGAGCCGAUCAGAACUGAUCAUAUAUUUGAAGAGUCUAAGCUAUUUGAGCUGGCUAUAUGAAAGGAAUGAGAAGCUGAGGAAACAAAUCAUAGCGAAGCACGGAGCAAUGCCCGGUGGCAGUAACAGCAUAGAGAGACAACAGAACGGAGACAUGUCCAAUGUGGUACCGAAGGAGUUAAUCUGGGAGCUAGGUAGUGAACAGAAUGGUCAAUAA